UUGCUAGAUGCUUACAAGCGCCAUCGUGCAGGAGAAGUUGUCCCUGAUUCCUUCUCGUCUAAUUCACUUGAUGCAUCAAAUUGCCCGCAGCCGGAUAUAUACAUGCUCGACGGUAAUGGCUCCUUACAUCCGCGAGAUAUGGGUGUUGCUUGUCACCUUGGUGUUCUCAUUGACUUGCCGACACUAGGCGUCGCCAAGAAUCUAUUAAUAUUCAAUGACACAAGUAUGAAGCCGCAAGAAUCACGAAAAGAUAAGCAAGUUAGCCGUCGUAUCCCUGAGGGGAAACGAGGUCUUGAGAAAAAUAUUGGCGAAUUGAAAAUAGAUGACUCUGAGGUUGAUUAUUCAAUGAAACAACAGUCUUCACAUAUUACAAAAAAGACCGAUUACGUGUCUUCUCUAGAGGCCAACUCCUUUCAAGAUACAAGAAAAUGUUUAAAAAGCGGGGAACUUGCUAUGGAGGACCUGUCAGUCGCUAUUGACAGCCGAGAAGUCAUAAGCGAGGUUUAG